GCGGCGCUGCAGAGUACAGAAGCCGCAUGCUUUUUCAGGCGUACAACUACGAACAGCUUCAGGGCAUAGGUAGCUCGAUUGUAGUGAACCUUAUUCAUCAGCGACAGAGCUCUUCUAUCUUCAGGAUAUCAUUGUGACCCGACCCUAAACUCGUCGAAAAAAAUGGCGUAUCAUGCACGCUACUACCACGCCAUCGUUCCAGGGGUCGCUUUACACGACAGUGACGAUAACUCGCGGUGGCAGUGGACCGACUGGGUGGUCAUUCUCCUGGAUAUAGCCACGAUUUUUGCGCCACUUGUCACCAUCCAAGGGAACGGUCCCGAGGACUUCGAAAAAGCGCGCAUGAUCCUCUACGUGGCGAGCGCAACUUAUGGAUGUGUCAGGUUUGAAAUCGACAAAGUUGAAAUAAUUUGUCAUGCAUAAAAUGGACGCCAGUUGGAACCCGGUUUCCAAGUGGUGCAAGACAAAUUUCGUUGGUCCCUAAAUCCACUCUGUCAUGCUGUUUAGGCAAAGACGAGCGAUUUUCUCAUGCUACUUUAGCAGCUCAAGCUGUAACCCCAAACAGGCUUACAAUCGGCCUCACUUGCCUGCUCUGCAACACACGUGCCUCGGGUCAUGCAUUUUAUGCAUUACAAAUUAUUUCAACUUUGACGAUUUCAAACCUGACGCUUCCAUACAACUGCGUUGGUCUGCAGCGUGAUCACCUGUGCCCGCUUGAAGCACCACAACUACAACAUUCCUGCGGGGGCAUUUGUCAAGGGAAUCUUCAUCUUCUCCUGGGCGAUCUUGGUAUAGGACGUGCUUGUUUUGUACAGAAUUCAUGCAGAUAAUGUUGUCGUUUUUCAUUUUGAUUUUCUUUCUGCUUUUCACUAACUUCUCGCAGUAAAAAGAAAGCUGCAGCACUGCUGAAGCUCGUGGCACGUACCUCCCAAAAAAACAUUUACAGUUGGUGAUGUUUGUGCAGCAGAACGGCUGCAUGAGCCGUCCAAUAUUCGGGGCAAUGGAGGAUGAAGAGGUGCUCGAGAAAAUUAGCACGAUGGUAGCUGAGGGUGGUUUGUCAAAGAGUGCUGCCUCUGCGCUCUAUGCGAAGGAGAAACGAGAAGCAAAGCUGACUUUGGGUGUUGGUCUGGGGACCAUGGUGGCAUUGCAAAUUGCUUCUUUUCUCGCAUUGCUCUGCUUGGGGAGACACAAUGUGACAAGCAACUCUGGGGCUUUGCAUGACUACUGAAAUCAUGCUGGCACAAACGACUAUCCUGUAACGCACCUUCGUUGUUGACGAGGCUUCAGUUCUUUAAUGUUGUACAGACUUCAUCUUGCGGCAUUGUUUUGCAGCAUUCAAGUAUGUUUUCAAAAAAUUACAUCGACAUUUUUCUGGUCUCGGAAAUGUACCUACUUAGGAAUUUGCAGCAAAAAAUUAGCCUUGAGAAAAAUUGAUUAGCACCUGUAAAAAUGUAUUGCGCAUGCUGAAUACGAAUGCCGUAGCAAGGUUCAGCCGUUUCUAGAAACACUCCCAAUGAAUGUAUCCGGUACACCACUUCUGGGAUUUUCUUGUGGUAGAUCAGCAUAUGUUGCUUGAUUUCAAGCCGUUUC